AGGCUGCAGCCUCAGAGGGGUGGAAGGCGGCCCUGAGGAGGCAGGCCCGCUGGGACACGAAGCCGGCAGAGUGUGGGCAGCCUGCUUCUCAGCACGUCUUACCCUGAGGCCACUCCAAGGCAGCUCCCGCCCCGGGGAAAGUCACCAUGCUGUCGUGGGUGCCACGGGUCCUGCUGGCCUUGCUUCUGCCCCCACUCCUGACACAUGGACAAGCCAGGCGCAGGGAGCACCCCCAGGCUCAGAACACCUCUAGGCCCGCUCUGCUGAGGCUGUCAGAUUACCUCCUGGCCAACUACCAGAAGGGCGUGCGGCCCGUGCGGGACUGGAGGAAGCCAACCACCGUGUCCAUCGAUGUCAUUGUCUAUGCCAUCCUCAGCGUGGAUGAGAAGAACCAGGUCCUGACCACCUACAUCUGGUACCGGCAGUACUGGACAGAUGAGUUUCUCCAGUGGAACCCUGAGGACUUCGACAACAUCACCAAGCUGUCCAUCCCCACCGAGAGCAUCUGGGUCCCAGACAUUCUCAUCAACGAGUUUGUGGACGUGGGGAAGUCUCCAAGUAUCCCGUACGUGUAUGUCGGGCACCAUGGCGAGGUCCAGAACUACAAGCCCCUCCAGGUGGUGACCGCCUGUAGCCUGGACAUUUACAACUUCCCCUUCGACGUCCAGAACUGCUCGCUGACGUUCACCAGCUGGCUGCACACCAUCCAGGACAUCAACAUCUCCCUGUGGCGCUUGCCAGAAAAGGUGAAGCUCGACAAGACUAUCUUCAUGAACCAGGGCGAGUGGGAGCUCCUGGGGGUGCUGACCCAGUUUCGCGAGUUCAGCAUGGAAAGCAGCGGCUGUUACGCAGAGAUGAAGUUCUUCGUGGUCAUCCGCCGGAGGCCCCUGUUCUACACAGUCAGCCUGCUGCUGCCCAGCAUCUUCCUCAUGUUCAUGGACAUCGUGGGCUUCUACCUGCCUCCGGACAGUGGCGAGAGGGUCUCCUUUAAGAUCACACUCCUCCUGGGCUAUUCUGUCUUCCUGAUCAUCGUGUCGGACACGCUGCCGGCCACAGCCAUUGGCACUCCCCUCAUUGGUGUCUACUUCGUCGUGUGCAUGGCGCUGCUGGUGGUGAGCUUGGCUGAGACCAUCCUCAUCGUGCGGCUGGUACACAAGCAAGACCUGCAGCAGCCCGUACCCGCCUGGCUGCGGCACCUGGUCCUGGAGCGGGUGGCCCUGCUCCUUUGCCUAGGGGAGCAAACAGCUUCCCGACGGCCCCCGGCCACCCCCCGAGCCGCCAAGACCGAUGACUGCUCAGACGUGGGGAACCACUGCAGCCAUUUGAGAGGACCCCAGGACUUGGAGAAGACCCCAAGGGGCCGAGGCAGCCCCCCCUCACCACCGCGGGAGUCCUCCCUGGCAGUGUGCGGGCUGCUGCAGGAGCUGUCCUCCAUCAGGCAUUUCCUGGAGAAGAGGGAUGAGAGCCGAGAGGUGGCCCGGGAAUGGCUGCAUGUGGGCUCCGUGCUGGACGGGCUGCUCUUCCGCAUCUACCUGGUGGCAGUGCUGGCCUACAGCAUCACCCUGGUUACUCUGUGGUCCAUCUGGCAGUAUUCUUGAGUAGGCACAGCCCAGCGGGGGUGUUUUGAGGGAGGCGUGGUAAGGCACUGGUUAGAAUGGGGAUUGAGGGUUUCAGGGCCCAGCAGAUGCCAGGGAUGUUUUCAAGACCCUGUCCGAUGCCAGUAAUUCUGAAGCAGGGCCUUAACUCUUCCCCAAAAGCUUGAUGUUCAAGACUCUUGUACCCCACCCCCCCACCCAACUUAUCAUGGCUUUAAAACAUGCUGUCUUUGAUCUAGAAAAACCCAUGCAUUCCCUAACUUCAUUCUAUUUAUCUGUGUAUCAAGCCUUGAUUUCCCCAUUGUCACUUCCCUGAAUAAGGCACUUUGAAAUUCCGCUCCUCCCCCUUUAGCCUUGUUUUUAGAUACAAAGCAAACCAACUCUCUACUGCACACGGCUGGUAACACUGCAUUAGGUUUAUUCAACCGUAAUGUUCUCCUUCUUCACCUCACCUGUAGCCACUUCCCUGAACACUCAUGUUCCAUUGGAUGAUGGUGGGGUAGGGGGCGGG